AUGCAGAUGGAGGUGGCGCGUCCGCCGGGAGGGUUCCUGUUGCCGCACCAGAUAUACCACGAGACGCGGCCGACGACGAACGCCGCGCCGGCGGCGACAGCAGGAGGACCCCGCGUCACCGCACCCCACGAGUUCUACGACGGCUCGAUGAUGGCUACGCGCAGCGUGCCGGCCUCGGCCAGUGCCGUCGCGGGCCUGCCGCAGACGACGGUGGCCGCGAGCGGCGAGGAGAGCGGGGACGGCGGGUCCGCCUGCGCGGUGUGCCUGGAGGCGUACGCGGCCGGCGACGCGUUGAGGACGAUGCCGUGCGCGCACGCGUUCCACGAGGGGUGCAUCGUGGAGUGGCUCUCCGUCAGCCCCUUGUGCCCGCUCUGCCGCUUCAAGCUGCCCACCCAGGCGGAGGAGGACGCCGCCCAACCCCAACAGCCGCCACGCCUGGGAUGA